GCAGCUCCGGGGUGGGGUUUGCGUCGUCGCGGGAGAGGCAGACAAGUCCCGUUAGCAGGAAGCGCGGAGCCCGCAGCAGCCGGAGCGGAGGAGCCGAGAGCGUAGUGCCCAGCCCGCCGCGAAGAUGCCGAAGACGAUCAGUGUGCGAGUUACCACCAUGGAUGCUGAGCUGGAGUUUGCCAUCCAGCCCAACACCACAGGGAAGCAGCUCUUUGAUCAGGUUGUGAAGACAAUUGGGCUGAGAGAGGUCUGGUUUUUUGGACUUCAGUACCAGGACACCAAGGGCUUCUCUACAUGGCUGAAACUCAAUAAAAAGGUGACUGCACAGGAUGUGCGCAAGGAAAGCCCACUGCUCUUCAAGUUCCGUGCCAAGUUCUACCCAGAGGAUGUGUCAGAGGAGCUGAUUCAGGACAUCACGCAGCGCCUCUUUUUCCUCCAGGUGAAGGAGGGCAUCUUGAAUGAUGAUAUCUAUUGCCCUCCAGAGACUGCUGUCCUUCUGGCUUCCUAUGCUGUCCAGUCUAAACAUGGAGACUUCAACAAGGAGCUGCACAAGCCUGGCUAUCUUGCUGGAGACAAGCUGCUCCCUCAAAGAGUUCUGGAGCAGCACAAACUCAAUAAAGACCAAUGGGAGGAGAGGAUCCAGGUGUGGCAUGAGGAACAUCGGGGAAUGCUCAGGGAAGAUGCCAUCUUGGAGUACCUGAAAAUUGCACAGGAUCUGGAAAUGUACGGCGUGAACUACUUCAGCAUUAAGAAUAAGAAGGGAUCUGAACUCUGGCUAGGUGUUGAUGCUCUUGGACUCAACAUUUAUGAGCAGAAUGACAGGCUAACACCAAAAAUUGGAUUCCCUUGGAGUGAGAUCAGGAAUAUUUCAUUCAACGAUAAGAAGUUUGUUAUCAAGCCCAUUGACAAGAAAGCACCAGACUUUGUAUUUUAUGCCCCACGAUUACGGAUUAACAAGCGAAUCCUGGCACUGUGCAUGGGGAACCAUGAGCUGUAUAUGCGCAGACGUAAACCAGACACCAUUGAGGUGCAGCAGAUGAAGGCACAGGCUCGGGAAGAGAAGCAUCAGAAACAGAUGGAGAGAGCUCUGCUGGAGAAUGAGAAGAAAAAGAGGGAACUGGCGGAAAAGGAGAAAGAGAAGAUUGAGCGUGAGAAGGAAGAGCUGAUGGAACGACUCAGACAAAUUGAGGAGCAAACCAAGAAAGCUCAACUAGAAUUGGAAGAACAGACCCGCAGGGCACUGGAGCUAGAGCAGGAAAGGAAACGAGCCCAGGAAGAAGCAGAGAAGCUGGCUAAGGAACGCAAAGAGGCAGAGGAGGCAAAGGAAGCCCUGCUGAAAGCAUCCCAUGAUCAGAAAAAGACCCAGGAGCAGCUGGCAGCUGAGAUGUCAGAACUCACAUCCAGAAUCUCACAGCUGGAAAUGGCCAGGCAGAAGAAGGAGAGUGAAGCCUUGGAGUGGCAACAGAAGGCUCAGACAGUGCAGGAAGACCUAGAGAAGACCAAAGAGGAACUGAAGACUGCCAUGAGUACUCCUCAUGUCACCGAACCCAUGCAGUCUGAGAAUGAGCAUGAUGAUGAACAGGAUGAGAACGCUGCAGAGGCCAGUGCUGAACUGAAGGCAGAUGCCACCAUCAAGGACCGCAGCGAGGAGGAUCGCACCACUGAGGCAGAGAAGAACGAACGGGUUCAGAAACACUUGAAGGCUCUUACCUCAGAGCUGGCAAAUGCCCGGGAUGAAACCAAGAAGACAGCCAAUGACAUGAUCCAUGCUGAGAACAUGCGGCAGGGCCGUGACAAGUACAAGACCCUCCGCCAGAUCCGGCAGGGCAAUACUAAGCAGCGCAUUGAUGAGUUUGAGUCCAUGUAAACUCUCUUGCACCUGCUGUCCUCUCUUUUUCUCGUCCUCUCCCAUCAUUCACGUGUAAUCGUGCUGCGCUGGAACCACUACAGAAGAGUGACCAUGGUCUUUAUUUAUCGAGUUUCGUGCAGUCUCUGCAGUUCAGCAACGGAGGAACAAACAAAAUAUCCAUGUUGUCUUAGGCAGGGUGGGGACUCCAAAUCUGAAAUUGUUUUUGCUUAGCUGGGUAAAGUCUCUAUUGCACAUGGCUUUGUACUGUUCACUGAAACAAUUGCAUUGCUCUCUGGGUCCACUGGGAGGAGAUGCAACCAGACACUUCCACUGAGUUACAUAUGGUGAAAGUCAGCAAUCUGACACACAUGCCUUAAAACAGUACUUCAGUAUUAGAAUUGAGUAGCGAGGGGAUAGAUCGUUGCUUUAAUGCAAGUGUUUGGUUUUAAUUGAGUUGGGGGGGUGUUGGGAAAGAAGGUUUGCGUGAAAAGGGGUUGGAAGUAAAGUAUAAAUUUUGUUUGUAAAAGACCAAAGGUUUUUCUGCUCUCCAAAUUUGAGCAAGCCAAACAGAUCAUCUGAACUGUCAGUGUUAAAAUUUCUUGAGGGAUCCAUCAGACUUCUUUUUAGUUAUGAAACUUUUUAGUUUUCUAUUCCUGAGUCCUUUGGAGUGAUCUGGGCGUUUCCAUUCAAGUAACUUGAUUUGGAGCAGUAAAUUCCCUAGUCAGCGAGGAGAGGGGUUCCUCCCCACAGUAAUUCUUGUUCAUUGCCUUUUGUUGUGCCAUUGGCAGGCAAUAGCCGAGACUGUGUUGGAGGGGCUUUAACUUCCACUAGUGACCCCAAACUAGAAUUCUAAAGGAAUAGGCAAAUAUGUGAGGGGGAAGGCGGAGAGAGACUUAAAAAUUAAGUAGUUCUUAACAAAUGAAAAUGUAGCCACCAAAAAUCAUGACUGAGUAUGAUGCAUUUAUUCUUCUCAUGCAGAUAACUUCCAGAAAAGGCCUUUUUACCAUAAAUCAUUGAUGCCUUAUGACUUGUGCACAGAUGCAUAUUGUAGUUUAGGGUUUUAAUAAGGUCUUUAGUUUUUUAAAAUUAGUUUAAACUAGGAAAAAUGACGGGCAGCUGGGGCCCAAAAAUACUCAGUGACCUAAGGCUUUUCAUUUCACAUCUGGUUCAUCUGUUGCAGGUCAGUGCCUUCAUCCCUUCCUGCCAUCUCUUCUGGUUGGCAAGAGAAGAUACCUUGCUAGCUGUCUGUCCUAAGUGGAAUCCUCUUUUCCUAUUGCCAACUUAAUUGUCCCAUGAUAGCAGCACACUUAAUUUCUAACUCAAAUCUGUCCUCCCCUUGGAAUGAUAUUGUGUCCUUUUUGUCUGUGGCCCUGAGAACAGAAGUUUCUGCCCCUAAUGAUGAGGUGACUUGGUCCUGAGCUAGCUGUUACUGUUUUACUGUCACUUGUUGGACAGGACAACAAAUGAGUCAUCCAAAUGGACUUGUUAUGCAUUCCUGUCUCUUAUAGGGAAGAUUCAGUGUACACUUGGCAGGAAAGAACCAUGUAUGUUCAGGGUUGACGUGGACAUGGCCUUUAAUUCUUUAUAGAAGGAAAUGAGGGGAAAAUGCUCCAGUUCUAGAAGAGCCUUUUUAAAAUUCAAAUCCAUCUAAGUGGGCUCCCCCUCCCCCCUGCUCUUCACGUCUUAGCUUAGACUGUUGCUACUUAAAUUUGCAGCCUUCAUCCUGGCUGGUAGUGUGUUCUUGUUGCAUAGAUUUUGGAACAUGCUAAGCUUCAGCCCUGUGGGAGCUUCCCACCGCCUUCUCAUCCAUGUAGUAUCACCAUUAGUGUAAGUUUUCAGGUAUUUUCUUUAUACCACCAGUAGAGCUCCUCAAAACUCCUUCUACUAAGGCAAACUAGAAGUGGUCCAGUGGAAUGUUAGUGGUGUGGAGAGAAGAUUGCCAGAAAGUCAGUGUUAAUACAAGCCUGCAGUAUUUCUUCAGGAAUCCUUUGUGCUGCUUGAAAUCACAUCUGUAUGAGUGAUUUUUUAGAGAAGCAAUAUCCGUUUGUUUGCAUGGAGAUCCGUGCAAACACUGACUAAGUGGACCUCUGUUGGUAGCAUAACCUAAUGUAGAUCCUUCCAAAUGUCCAAUACAUGUGUUUUUGAAGCACUUUUGUCCCCAGACACAAUGUGCCUUUAGGAGUGGGGAGAGGGAAACUUUCCAUCAACCAAAAAAAAACCUCAGAAAACACUCCAGUGCUUUGAAAGUUACAAAUAAAAUUGCAGUUAAACUUGUCAGAACUUAUUUGCAUAUUUCUUUACUGAAGAGUUGUUGGCACUGAUUCUGAGUCUCAGUAAUGAGAGAACAGACAACAAUUAGACUUCACUUCUGGUGCUUUAAACCUGGUUCUCAGUAGUUCUGCUCUGUCUGUGACAACUACUGGCUUUUUAAAGUCUUUUUUUAUUGCAUCUUUAACAGCUUCCUUAAUGAGAAGAUGCACAGUGCCUGGAGUAUGUUUGUUCAAAUAAACCUCUUUCUGUUGUGAUGGGUCACAGAACACUGCUGAACUCCUGUGUUAUGUUGACAUGACUUCUGUUUUUGUCACAUUCUAAUUUCAAAUGGUCCGAUAUAGGAAUAGAACAGUUCAUACCAGUGAGUCCACCUAACUCCUUGUGUAGUUGUUUCAGCUGUGCCUUUUCCUACCAGUAUUAUAUUCCAGUGGUAUCUAAUGAUAUUUGAUUUCAGCCUUUCUAGCUAUGCACAAUUAGAAAAUAUUAGUCAUGGGAGGAGGAGAUGUUUAUAGUCCCCUCGCCCUUUGAAAAUGUAUACUGUAUUGUAAAGAGAUGAUAUUUUGCAAGGAAAUUAAUGUAAGAUGCUUUCAGUAUUAUGGUGAGAUUUCUAGACACACUUUUUUAUUUGUUACAAUACAUUGAGCAAAUUUUUUCUCUCCCCCCUCCCCCAGUUUGUUUACUACUUGGAUAUGGAGUAUCCUCUUCAGGGGGUUAUCCUAUGAAGUGUUUGCCUGCCUUUGUUUUUUUGUUGCUGUAAAUUAUGUCUACAUGGUUUUUGACCAAACUUUUUAUUUUGGUUAUGUUAAAACAGCAGUCCCUUGGGGCUUGUGAGAUAACUCAUGGGCCCAUAUGGCUAACCACAAAAAGAAACUUGGUAUCAAAACACUUUAGUUUGGAGGAAUUUGUUAAAGUCCAUGUCCUGUUCUUCCUUCAGUGCCAAUAAAGUUUAGAGAAAUUAAA